GGGAACUCAAUUCCUAAGGGUUGAUGAUGCAUUUACUUUUAUGUUCUCUCUAAUCCUCCUCCCCCUCUCUCUAUAUUGUGGGUUAUAAACAACUAGAGGACAUAGUUAAGUGAUUCCCUUCGCCCUAGAUAGAGAGAGUAUGUUGUUAGCUUCCUAGAUCACAAAGAAAAACCCAAGGGGUGAAAUUAAGAAACAAAUUAAGCGAGAAUGGCAACCAACUCCGAAGCCAAAGUGACCCUAAAACUGCUUAUCGACACCAAGAGGAAAAAAGUCCUUUUCGCAGAAGCAGGGAAAGACUUUGUCGAUUUCCUCUUCAACCUUCUCCAUUUGCCCGUUGGAACCGUGGUCAGGCUUCUCACUGAACAAACCAUGGUGGGCACUUUGGGAAAACUCUACGAAAGCAUCCAAAACCUCAGCGAAACCUACUUCCAACCAAACCAAACCAAAGUCUCUGUCCUGAAACCGAAAGCCCUACUCUCUGCUACCCAAGUUCCCCUCUUAUCACUCGAAGGCGGCACAUCCGCUGCUAAAACGUAUUACGCUUGCUCGUACAGCACCUCCCAUCCAUAUGUUGCGGAUAAUGCCCGUGCCGUCUGUCCCAGUUGCGGAAAUAAAUUGACCAGGGAGUACCAGUACGUUGCGGCAGCGAAUGAAGUGGCAGCAGUAGGGGAGGGAGGUUUUGUGAAGGGGGUGGUGACUUAUAUGGUGAUGGAUGAUCUGGUGGUGACUCCCAUGUCUACAAUUUCUAGCAUUACCAUGUUGAACAAAUUUAAUGUUAAGGAUGUUGGGGCACUCGAGGAGAGGGUUGUUGAUUUGGGGAUGCCUGAGGGUUUGAAGCUGUUGAAGGCAAGUUUGCACACAGAGAAAGUUCUAACAAGUGUGUUCCUCGGAAACACAGGGGACUAAUGGUUGAUGCAUGGAUAGCAACUGAUUGACGAUCGAUGCCCGGUAUGGUAUUGUAAUGAAGGUUCUCCUGGUGGUAUUAGAACUUUGCUUGGUUUAUGUUUUUCCAGUUUUUUUUUUUUCCUCUUUUGGGCGAGUGAGGGCAUCUGGUAUUUUGGAAAAUAUGUUUUGCAACCUUUAUGUGGUUUGUAGUCUUGAAGGAAGUUGCAAGGCUUUGUAUGUUUUGUGUUUGUGCUGCAUGUUCUUGAUUCAACCACGAGUUAACCAACGGUACGGUACAUUGUCUAUAUGUCAAAUUAUUUGUGGUUUUUUUU